AUGGUUUUUUGUUGUUGUUGGGAGGGGGGGGGUAUUGUUAUAUUGGUUGAGGUGUUGGGGUUUUUUUUGUGUUGGGGUGGUGUUGGGGUGGGGGGUGGUUUGGGGUUGGGGUUGGUUUUUGGGGUUGGUUAUUAUGGGUAUGGGGGGGGUGAGUUGGGGGGGGGGGUGUGUGGUUUUUUUGGGGGUGUGGUGUUUUGUUGGGGGGGGUUGUGUGUGUUUUUUUUGGGUUGUUGUUUGGGUAUUUGUGGUGGUGUUUGGUUGGGUGUGGGUUGGGUUGGUUGUGGGUGGUUUGGUGGGGGGGGGUGUUUGUGGGGUGUUUGGUUGUUUGGGUUGGGUUUUGGGUUGUUUGUUUAUAUGGGUGGGGGAGGAGGGGGGUUGGGUUGGUUGGUUGUGGUGGUGGUUGGAAUGGUGGUGGAGUGA